AUGGCAAGAGCAGUCGUCGGUGUGGAUGUGACUGCACACAAGGAAGCACGGAAUGUGGCCGACGUCGGAAGGAAGGUGAAGCUGUGGGUGCGUUACUAUGUGGAGAUUGUUGUUGGCUCGCCCAGAGAGAGUCACACGCGACUGGGCUUCUCAGGCUCCUUCCGAACUCUCUCGCGAAUGCACCGCGAGUUUGUGCGGCUCUAUGAUGCAAAGCACGUGCAUCCUCAUAGUGGCAAGAUGAAAAAGAGUUGUGUAUCGAGCUCAAUGACGUCGUCCACGUUGCGCUCGUCAGCGUCGUCGACGUUAAUGGGUUCGCCCACCCCUCUCUCGGGUCUAAUGCGACACGCGCUUGGCUUGAAGAAGGAGGAAAGCAUUUCUGAAGAUGUCAUUGCAGGAGCAGGGGUGGAUAACAGAAUAUUGUACGGAAGUCGCACAUGUUACCCCCAUCAGGGGUGCUUGACCGCGUUGGAUCCUUCUGGGAUCGCACCCUUUCCUAGCGAUAACACGAUGCUGACGGGUUUGGAAAGCCUUGAAGCCAAGGAUGAUGUCAAAAUUGAAGCCCGCAGUACUGCACUGUUUGAAUACUAUUCGCACUUGUUCAACUCAGAUGACAGGGAUCUGUAUUUGGACUUUGCCUACCAAUCUGCGCUAGAGCACGUAAACAAGAAGAAUGGUCAAGUAUCCGGGGAUCAUUCGGGGGACAGAGCAAAGCAGAUACCAUCUACAAACGUUGGCAUGUAUCUCAAGCUGCUUUUUCGUCCAGUGAAAGAUGGAGCCAAGACCAGCCAGCACGUCGAGUUUCGGGAGCCCGUGUACGUGCGAGUAAAGAUUGGAUCACAUAGGCGGCCGUCUACGCGAAAGCACUAG